AGAGAUUUCUGACAGGGGCAACAUUUAUAUAUAUAGGAGGCAGGUACCCAGGAGCAGACUAGUUCUACUCUUCUGGCUUCAGGACCCCCGGCAUCAUUGUCUUUGGGCAGCACUUCCUGGACCAGAAGCCGCUGCAAAGAAGACAAAGGAUGGGGUGGCUUUUCUCUCUGCUGCUGGGAGUGGUGUUGACCUCUGGGUUCAUCACAGCUGAAGCCAAUGACACCUCGGAAACAAGAAGCUGCUCUGACUGUCACAUCAAUGCCACCUGCACGGAGGACGGGGCUGCCACGAUGUGCUCCUGUCAGGCGGGUUUCACCGGCGACGGCCUCACCUGCGCGGACCUGGACGAGUGCGCCACUCCGGGCGCCCACAACUGCUUGGCGGACAGCAGCUGCGUGAACACGCUAGGCUCCUAUGCGUGCCUCUGCCACGAGGGCUUCCGCCUCACGCCCGGGCUCGGCUGCACCGACGUGGACGAGUGCGCGGAGCCGGGGCUCAGCCGCUGCCACGCGCUGGCCGCCUGCGUCAACGUCCAGGGCAACUACACGUGCGUGUGCCCUGCGGGCUACCGGGGGGACGGGUGGCACUGCGAGUGUUCCCCAGGCUCCUGCAGCCCGGGGCUGGACUGCGUGCCCGAGGGCGACACGCACGUGUGCGCCGACCCGUGCGAGGCAUACAGCACCCUGGACGAGUACUGGCGCAGCGUCGCGUACGGGGCCGGCUACUCCUGCGACUCGAGCCUGCGCGGCUGGCACCGCUUCGUGGGCCAGGGCGGCGUGCGCCUGGCGGAGGCCUGCGUGCCCAUCCUGCGCUGCAACACGGCGGCGCCCAUGUGGCUCAACGGCACGCACCCGUCGAGCGAGGAGGGCAUCGUCAGCCGCACGGCCUGCGCGCACUGGAGCGGCCACUGCUGCCUGUGGGACGCGCCCGUCCAGGUGAAGGCCUGUGCCGGGGGAUACUACGUCUACAACCUGACACGCCCCCCCGAGUGCAAUCUGGCCUAUUGCACAGACCCCAGCUCCGUCGAGGGGACGUGUGAGGAGUGCGGUGUGGACGAGGAUUGCAAAUCGGGUAAUGGCAGAUGGUACUGCCAGUGCAAAGAAGACUUCAACAUCACGGAUCUCUCCCUCCUGGAGCCCAGGCUGGAGUGUGGGGCCAAUGUCAUCAAGGCAUCCCUGAGCAGGUGCCAGCUGGAGAUCCUGGGCUUCGAGAAGGUCUUCAUGUACCUGCAGGACAGCCGGUGCUCAGGCUUCGAUGAGCGGAGCAACCAGAACUGGGUGUCUGUGGUGACCCCAGCCCAGGAUGGCCCCUGUGGGACUGUGAUGACGAGGAAUGAAACCCAUGCCACGUACAGCAACACCCUCUACUUGGCAAAGGAUAUCAUCAUCCGUGACAUCAACAUCAAGAUCAACUUUGCCUGCUCCUAUGCCCUGGACAUGAAAGUCAGCCUGAAGACCGCCCUGCAGCCGGUGGUCAGUGCCCUGAACAUCAGCGUGGGAGGGACGGGCACGUUCACCGUGCGGAUGGCCCUCUUCCAGAGCCCCGCCUACACGCAGCCCUACCAAGGCUCCACCGUGACGUUGUCCACCGAGGCCUUUCUCUACGUGGGCACCAUGCUGGAUGGGGGCGAUCUGUCCCGCUUUGUCCUGCUGAUGACCAACUGCUAUGCCACACCCAGCAGCAACGCCACAGACCCCAUCAAGUACUUCAUCAUCCAGGACAGAUGUCCGCGCACUGAGGACUCGACCAUCCAGGUGGUGGAGAACGGGGAGUCCCCUCAGGGCCGAUUUUCCGUCCAGAUGUUCCGAUUUGCUGGAAACCACGACCUGGUCUACCUGCACUGUGAAGUGUAUCUCUGUGACGCUGUGGAAGAGAAGUGCAAGCCGACUUGCUCUGGGACCAGAUUCCGCAGUGGGGGCGUCAUAGACCAAACCCGUGUCCUGAACCUGGGUCCCAUCACACGGAAAGAUGUCCAGGGCAUCGUGUCCAUGGCUGCUACCAGCCGCUUGGGGCUCCUGCAGGCCUGGCUCCUUCACCUUCUGUUGGCCACCUUGAUCCUGAUGCCUCAGUGAUCCAGCAGCAGGAAACCUGGGGUCUGUGGCUCUCAGCUCACUUCUGGCUGGAUGUGGGGGGUGGGUGGAGGGUAACGCAAGCUAGUGCUCCAGCCACAGGAAAAGGGGCUCACGCUUCAACCAGCUUGCUCCUAUUUUCUCCCCUUCAACCUUGCUCUCAGAUAAACAGUCUGUAUCUUUUAAAUGCUGCCUUCUCUCCAAAUGGGACUUGCAAUGUGUCUGUACAUGAGGCCCCUGACUCCUUCAAGAGUGCGGCAAAAUAAUCAUCACUUUCAAAAGCCCAGUCUUU